AUGCAGCUUAAGCCAGCAAGCCCCUUUCUUGAUCGAGCAAUUCUCGGGUUGAAGGACGCGAUCGUCCCACAGUUUUCUGAUAUGGUUUGCAGUACAGGUCUUCCUUACAUCGCAUCAGGACUGCAGGACUGCAUGCUGAACCCUACUACACUCCACCCAAUUUUUCUUGACGGUGCCACACCACUGGAUAAAUUGAAGCGUUUUCGUACACUCGUGAACGUUGUUUACAGUGUCUCCUCUUUGUUUGGCGUCAAGGUUGCUGCCUCCUCGCUUGCUGGGACGACGCUGCACGUGGAUAUGGCGUUCUCCGGCGACCUCCAUCUCAAACUGGGUGAAUUCGCUGAACUGGAAAGAGCCUUGGAUAGGUUGGGUGCUGCGCUCAGGGUAAUAGAGUUGGAGAACACUGCGGAUUUCCUGAAGCAGCUACUGUGGAUUGCCAAGGAGGGUUGGAUGGUGUGGGACGUCUCUCAUUUCUUCAACACGUCCUUUGAGGUUGUGUUCCACGACCUCCAGUGCACCGAAGAGGGACUAGACUGCACUGUGCUACGUGUGGGGGACAUUAGGGUGCAAAAUAUUGGACCGGAGAACCUCGGUGAGUGGGACAAGAUUAUCACGAAUAUUGUGAGUUCAUUUGUUUCUUCGCUGCUCGAUAAGGCGCUGGAUGAAUAUUUACAAUCCGACAGCACAACCGGUCCACGCUUCGGCGUUCCAGUGUUACUGGAAGGGGCCGUCAAACAGCUGCCACCAAUCCUGUAUGCGGUGCUUUUCGGGGGCCGUGGUUGUCGCUCUUCUAGUGGGAACUGCCCUUUUGAGGGUUUGUCGGUACCGCCACGGGGAGACUGUAAUAACCAACAAUGGCCUUGUGAUUCCGCUGAGCCGUGCACCGGCGGAGGAUUCGUUUUUGAUACUGCUAGUAAUUCUGAUAACGAUUGGCUUUACCUGGUGUAUUCUGACCACAAUUGUCUCCGUCCUGGUUUCAGGCAAAGUACACUACAUGAACUUUGCAUUGUUUGA